AAAGAACGAAAGAGGAAGAGGAAGAGGAAGAGGAAGAGGAGAAAGAAAGAAAUAGAGAUCAACGUGCACUAUUUCAAGCACCAGGCAGAUCUGGAACCCCGCUCCACCACUCUCUCUCUCCCGCUCUCUCACUCAGCUUUGAUGCCAUAAUAAUAAAUCUUUGUUUUCCAACUUCAGACACAGUGAGAGAGAGAGAGAGAGCAACACAGAGAGAGAAAAUAUUCUUCAAUCUUCUUCUCUCUCUCUCUGCAGCUUAGCUCCACUCACUGUCUAGGAGAAGACAGUGAGAAGCAAAAGCAAAGGUGGGUUCAAAUUAAGAGAGAGCGAGCAAUCGGGUCAGAAGAGGCAAUUGAUGGCUGAUCUGCUCUCUGCCUUCUGCUCUCUGCCUCUGCCACCCACUGCGCCAUAGAAAUAAGGCGGUGGUUUAGCUUUUCUGGUAAAUUCAAUUUCCACUCCCUCUUGCCCAGACUCCACACUGAUUCAGAGAGUAGCGACUGUGUCUGCCUUGAGAUCUUCUUUCAUGGUAAGCGGAACAGGAGAAAGAGCCACUGAAGAACCGCUCCUCCAGUACUCUCUGGAAGUAAUUAAGCUUUUCGUUGUGGGUUGUUGGAAGAGUUUUUCUUACCUGUAGAGUAGAGAAAGAGAGAGAGAGAAAUUUGUUAGAGGGUUGGAUUGGGGGUGGAAAAUCUUCUACCAACCCCUCGAAAAUGGAUACAUAUGAAGCAACAAGGAUUGUUCUCCAGAGGAUUCAAAAUUUGGACCCUGAAAAUGCCUCCAAAAUCAUGGGUCUGCUUUUGAUUCAAGACCAUGGCGAGAAGGAGAUGAUUCGAUUAGCUUUUGGCCCCGAAGCUCUCGUCCACUCCGUCGUCAUAAAGGCCAGGAAGGAGCUCGGUUUGGCCACUUCCUCGCCGUCUACCCCCUCGACUCCGUCGUCUCCGUCGCCUUUUUUAGCCAACAACGGCCAUCCCGUCUCUCUUUCCCGGCAGAAUUCCUCCUCGUCGCGGUUUCUCGGCGGCGUUACCGGGCCUAGUCUUCCGUCUCCGCUGAGUAUUCCAAGCCAGUCUGCGUCUUGGGCUGCUUCUUGCUUCUCCGAUUACAACCGCGAUGAUUUGAUCAGCCCGAGCUCGUCUUCGACCUCGUUUUCGGCUGUUACAAGCAAUGGAAUCAGUAAUCUAGCCUCCUCUUCGUCGAUGAAUUCGUCAGCUUCCCCUUUCUACGGCGGCGGGGGGGCUGAUCUGAUGGAUGAAUUCCAGCUCCAAGACCAGCUCUCCUUUCUCAACGACGGCUCGCCGACUCUCGGCCCGAAAAGCCCCGAUUUAUACUACCCGCAUCAAGAUUUCGCCUCCAGCCCUAGCGGCGGCGACGCUAUGCUCUUCAAUUCCUACGGUGGCGCCGCCUGGGGAGGCUCCGUGAAUGGCCACCCUCACCGCCGGAGCUGCUCCGUGAAUGAUAUCUCCGAUGACCCAUCCAGCGGGCUUGGCUGGAAGCCUUGCCUCUAUUAUGCCAGAGGCUACUGCAAGAACGGAAACAGCUGCAGAUUCCUCCACACCGUCCUGGCCGCCGAUUCCUCCGGCGCCGCUGACGCCGCCGCUAUGGUGGGCUCGCCGGGAAAGCUCGACAUGAUGGAGCACUGCCAAGACCUGCUCCGAUCUAAAUCCGCUCACCAGCAAAGAUUGGCGGCUGCUUCUCAGAUCAUGGCUGCUUCAUCUUUCCCAUACUCUUCUGUCACAGCAAGCAAAUGCAUGAACCUUCUCCUUCAACAACAGACUGACAACCAGAGCAGAGCUGCUGCUGCUGCUGCUGCUGCAUUGAUGAUGGGUGAAGAUAUGCACAAAUUGGGGCGAUGCGGGCGGCUUGAAAGGAAUGAUUUUCUGAUGAACGGCGGGCCGCCGGGAAUCUUGAACCCUGGUUCCCGGCAGAUCUACCUGACUUUUCCGGCUGAUAGCACCUUUAGAGAGGAGGACGUUUCCAAUUAUUUCAGUAUUUACGGGCCAGUUCAAGACGUGAGAAUUCCUUAUCAACAGAAGCGAAUGUUCGGAUUUGUAACAUUUGUGUACCCAGAAACUGUUAAGCGGAUUCUUGCCAAAGGGAACCCUCAUUUUGUAUGCGACGCUCGGGUCCUUGUCAAGCCAUACAAGGAGAAGGGCAAGGUCCCCGACAAGUUUAGGAAGCACCAGCAGCAAAUGGAGAGGGGAGAGUUCUCGGCAUGUGGCAGCCCCACUGGGUUGGAUUCAAGAGAACCCUUUGAUCUUCAACUUGGAGCGAGGAUGUUGUGCAACACCCAGGACAUGUGGAGAAGGAAGCUGGAGGAGCAGUCCGAUUUGCAGCACGCGAUCGAGCUGCAGAGCCGGAGGCUGGCGGAUCUGGAGCUUCUUGACGUGAAGCGGCACACCCACCACCGCGCGCUCUCCACCGGCGCUGCCAUUCUGUCUCCAACUCACUCCUCUCCGAAUUUCUUCAGUCAUCAAAACCUGGUUCUUCCUUUGGAUCCCAGCAGCCCACGAAUCAAAGAAGAAAUCGGUGGUUCCAAGCAUGCAGCGGCUGCUCCUGAAACUGUCGUGGCUGAUCAAGAAUUGAAUGGAGCUGGGGCUGCAAACGGGACUGGGACUGAAAAUGGGACAGAAAUGGAGAAAGAAUCAUCAUCCACUGCAAAUGGUACUGAUAAGAAUGGCAAAGAAAGCCCCAACCAGAAUGAGGAAAGUGAUCUCCCAGAAAGCUUGGAGCACAACCUCCCAGAUAGUCCCUUUGCAUCCCCUAAAGCUGUCGGAGACUAUAUGACAACCUUCAACACUGCCGCAACUGAGGCCGCAACGAGCACUGUGGCGGCAUCUUCUACUAACAGUAACUUGAUCACUUCAUCCUUGCUUCCAGCCAAUUCUACACUGGACAUGGCUUCCCUCAAAUCAUGCUACUUCCAAGUGUCAAGGUUCUCCUCUGGCCAUGGAGCCAUAGGCAUGUAGGUGCCGGCGGUUUGACUGUAGCUUCCUUAGCUAACAGGAAGAAGUGUAAGAAUAACCAAAACUAAAGCAGUGUUAAUUGUCCUCCGGCGGCAUCAGCAUCAGCAUCGCCAGUAAUUGUAGUAGCUAUACUGUCUCUACUAAGAUGCAAAUGCAUACAUCAAAGUCAGUAAAGCAAGUGGGGUCAGCCAUUUCUCCCGUUGUUGUACUAUUCGUCACAUUGAUAUCUGUAGUUGAGGCACAAGUUGGACCACAGGUAAAAAGAAACAAACGUACAAUUAAUUAAUGUGUAGUAUAGUAAAAAGCCAAAGCAAACUGUUGGGGGGCUAGCUGUAAUUUUCUUCCCUUUCUUUUUUCAAUUUUCUGUCUUUCCAAACACAAAUUUGCCGAACCCCUAUAUCCCAAGAUCCAUGUAGUUUGGUAGCGCAAUGUUAUUAGGAAGACAAUUAAUGUACAGAGCAGAAGCAGCAGCAGCAGCAAGAAGAAGAAGCAGCAGACAUGGGGGGGGGAGCCUUUAACUUGAAGAACAAGUGCACCUCUGGAAGGUUGAUUGUGUACUGAAAAAAAGGGGAGGAAAGGAAGCUCAAUCUAUAUAUAUAUAUAUAUAUCUAUAUAUUUAUAUAAAGAAGAUUCAGCUCCACUACUACUAGUAGUAGCAGCGGCAGCAGCAGUAGUAGUAGAAUUAUGAUCUCAGGCAUCAGGUAUAUAAAGAAAUGGUAUCUUCUACCAUAACCAGGCAGGCAUAGUUCUUCUUCUUGUGCUUUGUUUAAUGUUGUAAUACCAUAUUGUCAUCAACCUUUUAUAUAAUAGACAGAAAGAAGAAGAAGAAAGACAAAAGUUGAAGUGAAAAAAACACAAGAAAGAAUAGAAUUGGACGAUAGAAAAUGGGUUCUUCUUCAA